GGGGAGCGCAGCGCCUGCCGGGGGUGCAGAGCGCUUGGUGCCGCUCCCCACGGCCGCGUGCGCAGGAGCCGUUUGCGUGGGGAACACCCCGCGCGGUGCGGGGGAGCGUAACUGGAGCGGGGUGCGCGCCACGGGCAAUGGCUGCCCGCCGGCCGGGCCCGCGCCCUGGAGCAGGUCCCGCCUGCGCCUCGGGGCACGCACGGGGAAGCGGGGCCGGAGGGCGGGCGGGGCCAGCACGCGGGGCUGACGUGGCGCUCCUGUCCGCGUGCGCGGCCCCGCCUCCUACCGCGGCUGCGCGUGCGCCCGCGGGUGGGUGCGGGCGCGCGCGUGCGGGCCGCUUCCGGUCGGUGUCGGCGGAGGAUGGUGCUGCUGGAGAGCGAGCAGUUCUUGACGGAGCUGACCAGGCUCUUUCAGAAGUGCAGGACUUCGGGGAGUGUUUUCAUAACGCUGAAGAAAUAUGAUGGCCGAACAAAACCAGUCCCACGCAAAGGCCAUGUAGAAAGUUUUGAACCAGCAGACAAUAAAUGUCUUCUAAGAGCAACUGAUGGAAAGAAGAAAAUUAGUACAGUGGUGAGCUCCAAGGAAGUAAAUAAAUUCCAGAUGGCAUAUUCAAAUUUGCUGAGAGCUAACAUGGAUGGCUUGAAGAAAAAAGACAAGAAAAGCAAAAACAAGAAGAGUAAAGCAACACAGUGAUGGAAGAAUGUCCUACCAUCGCUAUAACAGACUUGACACUUGCUCAAAGCAAAGUCCAUUUCUUUUUGAGUUACCACUUGUCUUUGGCUUUCCUUCCAGCAGGGUAUUGGGAUGCGAUCAGUACUUUUGUUUAAACUGAGAGCAGAAGGUGCUUUCUGUGGAUUGUUGUAUGGCAGGAGUAUCUACAAGGUUAUACUGAAAUAGCUUUACACUCGUCUGCCAACUAGUUUUGUACUUAUACUGCUGUUUGUUUUGUAUUAUACAAGUGGGCAGUGUAAAACCUGUUUAGGGGUAACACAGGGUGAGGAGAAGUGUACCAUGAGCAAAGUAAGACUGGAGCAGGCGUCUCAGUGACAGGGGCCCAGGUUUAUAGAUAAGCUUCAGUAGUACUAGGGAAAGUGGGUGCCAACAUAUUACCAGGAACAGCAGCUUUCCUGUUUCUGUCUUAUUUUGAGGGACAUGUCUACGUGAUGCAGUGCAGAUACCCCUAAGGCAGCCAGCACAAUGCGUGAGCUCUUGCAGAGCCAGGCAGCUGUGCUUUUGCUCUGUGCUGAUCCAGCUGUGCUCACCCUGGCUCAGGGUGGGGGGAGGGCAGGACUAUGCAUCAUGUUCCUUUCUGACAUGGCUUAAAAAUGCUCAUGUCACCUAUACUUUUUUAAAGCUUCAUCCUUCCGUAUAUUCAGGGAUCUGAAUAUCCCCAUACUUCAUAUCUUACAAAGUAGCUCCUUUAUAUGAGCAGAUGUAAAAGGCGAAUACUUAAUUGUUCCUAUUAAACACAAUGAGAAAUGGAUUUGGUUGUAGUGACUGAUGUGACUUGUCUUGAUGAAUUGCUAGGUAUGGUACAGUUAUCUCUGCCUUUAGGACUGACUCUCCUGAUGCUACUUCCUGUAUUGCUGCUACAACUUCAACAGUUCUCAGAAGUUCUUGGGUUUGUCUUUGAAGUUAUCUCUUUACAUAUUUUAACUUUGUCCUCUUUACUACAAGAAGAGAGCAGGAAAUCUAAGUAGGUAUUUCUUAAUGCAAUGAGCCUGCAGUGGUAAAGGAAAUCAUUUGAGUUGAGUCAAAGAAAGAAACAAGUGAGCUGUUUAAACACGGUACCAGGUGGGGAGGGCGGGUAACCACCAGUGUAUCUGCAGAAACCUCUAACUUCUGCAUAUUCACUCUGUAAGUAUUUUGUGAAAUAUAAUGCAUAGGUAACUAUG